AUGGAGUUCAACAUCAAGUAUGUGCCGCAAAAGGCCGUCAAGGGCCAAGCCCUGGCUGAUUUCCUGACAGCACAUCCCUUACCGAUAGAAUCUCCCCUGUCGAGCGACCUCCCCGAUGAGGAAGUGUUUUGCGUUGUGGCAGCUUAUGAUUGGAACAUGUACUUUGACGGGGCCUUUCAGUUGGAACAAUGUGGUGCCAGCGUAGUGUAUUUGACUCCUCAAGAUGGUGUAAUUCCCUUGUCCUUCUGUCUCGCAAAGGCCGUCUCGCACAAUGAGGAUGAGUAUCAAGCCUUCAUAAUAUGGCUUGAAGUCACCUUAGACCUGAAACUGGAACGGUUGGCCAUUUUUAAUGAUUUCGAGCUGAUAAUACAUCUCAAAGGGAUAUACGAUGUGAGAAAAGAUAGUCUCAAGCCCUAUCAUGACACUGCUAAGACCUUGAUGGUGAACCUCGAUGAAUUUUCAUUAGGGCACAUCCCUAGAAAGUUGAAUUCCCAGGCUGAUGCCCUUGCCAAGCUCGGUGCCACUAUUCAAAACUCCUCGAAGGAACCCAUGCCUAUAUGGGUAGCAGAGUGGACGCAUAUCGAGCUGGUUAAAGAGUUAGAUGGGGAUGAUGAAAGGAUUCUUUUCCCAAAAUUCCCUCCUUACCCAUUUGGGGCACUCCUCACUGCCAAGGAUGCUUUUGAAGCAGAAAGAAAGGCGCAGCAGGUCUUAGGCGAUAAGUCCGAGAAACAAGAAGGGGAGAUUUUUGAUCCAAUAUGCACCGAGAUCUAG